AUGGUGGAAAACCCACACGACACGGACUCCGAGAUUUACGUUGGUCUGACAGGCAGUUCACCUCUACGUCUCCCUGAUUCCAAAGCCCACAAACUGCUCAUGCCACCAGGAACACCCAAUGUAGUUCUUCUACGAUGGAAUGCACGCAGCAUGCAGCUGGAUUUGAACGGCAUGAUCCUUUGUCGGGCAUGGCUGCAUGCCGAAGCAGAGAACGCGCCGGCGCCGUUCUCAUUUAUUUUUGUAUGGAUUUUCUUGCGGCAAGAAAGAACACAGCAGGCGCCUGUCUUGCUGCCCAUGCUGACUCCAGUGGCGUCUGACGUGCAGCCACGGCCAAUUCUGGUGUAG